AUGGAGCACUCACCCUCAAUACAACCUGCAGCGGAGAACAUGCGUCUCUUUGUUGAUUCUUCCGGUGCAGCACUGAGCAUCUUUUUGGACAUCAGCGGUGUUGAGAACAGGCCAAAGUUGAUCCGCACCCUCCGCAAUUCGGGAGCAGCACCAUGUCGCUUUCCGAAAGAUGCGUCGAUUCUCCUGGUGGAUGCUGAUUCAAUAUCUGGCAGGCAAUUUGUACGCGACUGGGCCGCCGAUCCGAACAAAGUUGUCUUAGGCUACCAAUGGGCUCGUAGAUGUGUGGCACAGAGAAGACUAUUGCUUGAAGACGAUGAUUGGGGAGGUUUUCGCGUUUCAGACGAUGGAGAAGAUAUAUAUUCCGAGGACGAAUAUGCUGAGGAGAUCCAAAAAAGUCCGUUGCCCACUCCUCGACCGACCCCCUCGGAACUCCCUGGCAGCAUCAAGACAACUAAGCCUCCGUCCAUACAAUCUCAUCUUCAGCCGAAAAUGCAUCCUCCUCAGUCCCAAUCCCAGCCCCAGUCCCAGCCCCAGUCUCAAACCCAACUCCAACCCCAGCCCCAGCCUCCUUUCAUCAACCAUAAUUAUCCUCCGAUGCAUAACCCGUUCUCUCAGCUGUCACCCUCUAAUUCUUUCGCACCCAUGUUUGGGCUCAAUCCACAGUUCCAAUAUCCUAAUCCGAUGAUGCAGGCUCCAUCUGUCAUUUCACUGGUCGAGUCUGCUAUACACCUUGCCCGUCAACAGGGCGCUGAUACUACGCAGCUCCAAGCUGUCCACGCAUCUUUGUCUCAACAUCCUCCUCAACAGCCAACGUCACAUCCUUUCUUAUUUCCGAAUAUGCAGAAUUACACAAACCCAUCAGCCAUCGCUGGAUCUUCUCAGCAUCCGCCUUUAGAAGCUCGGUCUCUUGCUCAGGCCCAGCUUCCAGAUAAUAUUUCGGAUGGUAGUGAUAUCAAGGAUUUCUUCAUAGCUCAGGAACCACCGACACCCUCGCUGAAACGCAAAGACCGUUCUGUCAGCCCUACUUUUCCGCCUCGCCCAGCAUCGUCAUCAAGAUCAAAAGGUAAACAAAAGGCCGAUCAGGCCGAUCAAGGUUCACGUCUGCACCGUCGCAAAUCGCCAUUGACACGUUCACGACCUCUUCCACCUCCAGUUGCUUCCGAUAGACCGCCCUCUCUAUUUUCAAUUGCAUCCACACCAUCUGCGACGUUUCCACCUAAGGACUCGCAAAGCAGACGGGAGGACAAAGGUGUUUUCAGAGUGGCCAAUGGUCCUCUGCGUAUGUUCGUGCAGAUUGAUAUUCGAAACAGGCGUGAGAUCGUGAUAUCCAUCAAGAAAAACGGCGGGAUCAUCACUGCUGACAUCGCCGUCGCCGCUUACGCAGUCCUAAGUGUGCGCUCAACGACAUACCAUAGUUUGCGUGGCGAGGCUGAGCGUCACGGCACGCCUGUCGUUCUAGCGAGUUUCGUGCAUGACUGUAUCACGGAAGGACGUUUGUUGGAUCCCGAGGAAUACUCGCUCAACGAAUCUUCGGCCAAAAAGAAAAGAGGUCGCCAGCCAAAGCUUGCCCAAGACAAUGUCAUCAAGCCAUCCGAAGCGAAACCGAAGGGCAGGCGAAAAAAAAUCAAGCAAAAGACACCCUCAUUGCACGAAGACCGGUCACCUACCCCUGCUCCACCGCUGGAAACGAAGGAGAUGAGGGGCGGGAGGUAUUAUUUUACGGAUGCAGAAAUAAAUUAUGCGCGGAUGUAUUUCCGUCGACUCAUGGGAAUCGAUCCCAACACCUCAUUGGUGAACGCAUGCAUCAAGCUCAGCGUGAAGAUGCCGCAUCACACCUCCGGAUCGUGGCAACAAACCAUGAGCAAGAGGGGUAUAUGGGAAGAGGCCAAGGCCAGCGCCACGUCUCGGCCUCCACCAGAGGACAUAGUUCAUAAUGGUAAUAACCACAUAUCUCAUGAUGAUGACGACAACACCGAUGAAGAUAUACAAGGUGUUCGCGAUCUGUUGGGGGAAGACGAUCAUGUGGGCGAAAGGCCGUCUGCUGGAGAGUCGAUGGUAAAUCCGUUCCCAGAAUUCAAAGGGCACGAUGAGGCACCUUCCACCUCGGAUCCUGUCUCUGUUGUUACUCCUGGAUCUAACCUUCAAACCGUUGCGCCUGCUACUGAGCUUCAUGUAGAGCCUGUGCCUACAGCUCCGCCGGCGCCUGCGUCCGUUCCUACUCCCUCUCUUGCCCCCACAUCUGUCCCAGCCUCUGUCCUCGACGACAGCUUAGAUAGCACGCAGGUUCGAGUUGAUUUCGAGGCUAUUGUUGGAUUUCUUUCUUCCGCAGAUGCCGAUGACGGCGGGGAAGAAGAGGUUUGGGCUCUGCUGACGCGGCUGCAUCAUUGCCAGACAGCUCCAGAUUGGAGAACUUUUGUUGAGCGACAUUCGGAAGCCGUCAUGGAGGAAGUCGCUCGACGAUGUCAGCUGCAGAUGGCCCCUUCGUGAACAACGUAUGGCGAGCCUACGGCCUGGGUCUGGUGUUCACUCUACUUACUACACGAUGCUGGGAGGAUGUACAUAGGAAAUUCCUUAGGCGACAUUAAAUGACCAGUGGAUCAUUUUGUCCAGCCAUGCUUGUUCUUUAUAGAUCUCUCCAUCAU